GAGACACUUUGGAGUAGGGAGAGCAGCUUGAGAAACCCUGUCUUACCCAACCCAUUCACUUGUUCAGACAUCAGAGUCUUCCCUGGUUACUCGGUAACAGGUGAGGUGGCACCUGUCCUAUUAUGUCACUCUAAGCACCAGCCAGGAAAUGGGAGAUAUGCCCAUAGGAAGUCGGCACUGAGAAGACACGAGGACAUCCUAGCCAAGAUGAAUGAGGAGGAGCAAAAUCACUCAGCCCUUUUAACCAGGGUUAAAAAUCCAGCCGAACCGGAGGAAUUAAAACCAGGGGACAUUAUUGAGAUAUUCCGUUCUUCUUGCCAACAUUGGGCCCUGUAUGUAGGGGAACAGCAAGUAGUCCAUCUGGUAACUGAAUGUGAACAUUUUGCUGAUGGGUCUCCCAACCCCUUGGUGAUCUUAUCCGAGAGAGUAUGCGUCAAGAAGGAUUGGCUGGAAGACGUGGUCCGGAAGGACAGGUACCGAGUGAACAAUAAACAUGACGAGACACACCCACCGCUACCCCUCUCCAAGAUCCUGUGGCAGACGGAGGAAUUGGUCGGAAAGGAGAUGCCGUACAGCCGGAGCAGCCAAAACUGUGAAAAUUUUGUUAUGGAGCUACGUUAUGGACCGGAAAUGAGUGAACAGGAAGAAAUCAAACCGGGAGACCUGAUAGAGAUAUUCCGUUCUUGCUAUCAACACUGGGGUAUCUACGUUGGAGAGGGCAAGGUUGUCCACUUAGCCCCUGAAUGUGACCGUCUAGCGAACGGGGCUGCCAGUGUACUGGCGGUCUUGUCUGACCGAGCGUACGUCAAGAAAGACUGGCUGGAAGUGGUGGUGCGGAAUGACCAAUACCGAGUGAACAACAAACACGAUCAUACACAUCCCCCCCUGCCCCUAACCAAGACCCUCGAGCGGGCGGAAGAGCUGGUGGGCAGAGAGAUGCCCUACAACCUGACCAGCCACAACUGUGAACAUUUUGUCAUGGAGUUGCGGUACGGCAUUGCGAUGAGUGAUCAGGUCACGGAAGCCAUAGCUGUGGGAACAAUUGGCAUGAUGGGUGUGGCAGCCGCCAUGAUCCGAUCCGCGGCCAAAUGGCGCAAGCACUACAACGAAUAGCUGGUGGGGAGGGGGCCGAGGCCUCCACGGCAAGAUCUUUACCAGCUCUGGGGGUGUUUGGACUGCCUAGUGUCUUUUAUUUGCCAUAUUGUUUUCAGACCACCAGACCAAAAAUUAAUCAGAUUUUGUGGCAGAAAGCCACCACCCGCAUCGUGCUUGGAGCCAAUAAAACUCUCUUGAGGACUUAAUGUUUGGCAAAGCCCUGCUUUGGUGAGGAAGAACAGUAUUUUUAAAUUCUAUUGCUUUUUUGGGUGCAUUCAGCCCCGACUGUUGGAAGAGACUGAACUCAAAGGCAUUGUGGGUAAUGUAUUAACUCUUUAUAAGAGUAAUUCUACACCAGAAAUUUAAUAGUGGUUGGUAGCCAUUUUUUAUUCAAAGGGGUGUGCGUGUGGGCACAGACCGUGCCAGGAGAGAAAUACUGACAGCUGUCAUAGAAUUUAUGACAUGUGCUGAUAAGAUGGCUUGGUUCUGUCCUGUGGAACACUUAUUUUCCAGAUUUAAAUACUGCUUUUCUUCUAAAAUCUCAAAGCAAGGUAGCUUGGGCUAAGAGUUGGAGGCUCAAAAGCUAACUUUCCAGUUGAAUCUGAGUCAUGGCUACCUUCAUUUUCAGUGGUGGCUUCUCAAAAUGUCUGAACCCACCUUUUCUUAGUUGUUUUUUUUUAGUCGAAGACAAUGUUUCUCAAC